UUAUGCCACAUCAAUGCCACAUUGUAUAUGAUGCUCUAAGAUGCCAGCAGGCCGCCACCCAGCCGCCCACCGCUUCUUCCUGGCGUGCCUGCUACUCUACUAGUAUGCUUCUGGAGUUCUGGAGUGCUGCAGCUGGCUUCUCCUUGCUAACAGCUAAUCGCCCAUUCGCCCUUAAUCCCCAGCCAACGCUUUAUUGUUUUUUUAAAGGAAGAUGAUCGUAUGUUAACAAAUUGCAGAAGCUUGAAAGGUACUUGGUUCACCCAAACUACACGGACUGAAACUCUCCAAAUGUUCUGCAAAAGUGUGUUACGAGCUAGACCAAUAAUCACACACCUCCAAAGCUUAAACACGACUAGUUUUCCUGCCACCGUUGAGCUUGACACCGUUCUGCAGAGGUUGUGUGUAAGGCCAACAUAUGACAUUCUCGUCGAAACCCUUUCAAUUUUCUACUCUUUAAAGUCAAAUGAUUCUCACUCCUACCAUGCUUACGCCAUUCUUUUCCACGCCUGUGCACGACUGUGCUGCAUAGAUGUUGGUCAAGCUCUCCAUCAACACAUGAUCGCACACAACCCGAUUGCUUUCUAUGACCUUUAUACUGCCAAUCACCUUCUAAACAUGUAUUCAAAGUGCCGCCUAUUGGACCGUGCCCACCAACUGUUUGAUCAAAUGCAUCGUAGAAAUGUUGUAUCUUGGACCUUGCUUAUUUCCGGUUACGCCCAUUGUGGGAAAGCUGAUGUAUGUUUCAGCUUGUUCUGCGAUAUGCUAGCUCUUCACAAACCUAACGAUUUUGUGUAUGCUAGCUUGCUUUCAACAUGUGAUGGUUUCCGCGGUAGGCAAGUGCACACGCACACUCUGAAAACUGGUUAUAACACCUUUGUUCAUGUGGCUAAUGCGCUGAUCGGGAUGUAUUCCAAGAAUUUUGAGAUGAGUGUAUGCAAUGAUGGCAAUGAACCUUGGAUGAUAUUUAGUGAUAUGGAGUUUCGUAAUCUUGUUUCUUGGAAUUCAAUGAUAGCAGGUUUUCAUAAGAGUGGCAAAGGUGACAAGGCUAUGAGAUUUUUCAUAAUGAUGCAUUCUGACGGUAUGGGAUUUGACCGGGCCACACUGGUCACUGUAUUUUCUGCGUUGUGUAAAGUCCUUAAUGAUCUUUCUUGGAGCCUUAAAUUUUGUUCUCAACUGCAUUGUAUUAGCUUAAAGACCGGGUUUGUGCUAGAUGUAGAGGUUGUGACCGCCUUGAUUAAAGCAUAUUCCUCCUUUCUUGAAGGAAAUGUUGAUGAUUGUUACAUGUUGUUUCUUGAAGUUCGUGGGUGUGGAGAUAUCAUUUUGUGGACUGAAAUUAUGGCAACGUUUUCUCAAAAAGAACCUGAGGUAGCUCUUUUUCUCUUCAGUCAGCUGCAUAGAGAAGGGUUGGUUCCAGAUGGCUUUGCUUUUUCUGUUGCACUAAAAGCUUGUGCUGGAUUCGUGACGGAAAGACAUGCCUCGAUGUUGCACUGCCAAUGUAAAAAGUCUGGGUUUACAGAUUAUUUAGUGCUUCAAAAUGCACUCAUGCAUGCAUAUGGAAGAUGUGGCUCAAUCACUGAGGCUAGGCAGGUUUUUGAUGAGAUGAGUUUAAGGGAUACAGUUUCAUGGAACUCCAUCUUAAAAGCUUAUGCAUUCCAUGGGAAACAGGAGGCACUGGAGUUGUUCGAGAACAUGGAUGUUGAAUUUGAUGCAACAACUUUUGUUGCUUUGCUCUCUGCUUGUAGCCAUACUGGGAUGGUUGAAGAAGGGACUAGGAUAUUUAAUAGCAUGUCUGCUAAAUAUGGUAUUGCUCCUCAACUUGAUCACUAUGCCUGUAUCGUUGAUCUACUUGGCCGGGCUGGGAAGAUUUUUCAGGCGGAGAAGAUGGUAAGAGAGAUGCCUAUGAAGCCAGAUUGUGUUGUGUGGAGUGCAUUACUUGCCGGUUGCAAGAAACAUGGUGAAUACCAACUGGCCACCAUUGCUGCUUCAAACUUGAAAGAGCUGGACAGAGGGAACUCGUUAGGUUAUGUUUUAAUGUCAAACAUAUACUUUUCUUCAAACGAUCUUCAUGAAGCAUGUCUCCUAAGGAAGCAAAUGAUAGCGGCUGGAGUUCGAAAGGAGCCCGGAUUGAGCUGGACUGAAAUUGGUGGCAGGAUACAUGAGUUUGCUUCUGGUGGCCAAAGACACAACCUUGGAAAAGCUAUCCGUGCUAGUCUUCAGGAUCUUGUUAAACAGAUGAAGAAAUUAGGGUAUACUCCUAUGACAACUCUGGUCCUGCAUGACAUAGAAGAAGAGCAUAAAGAGGAACAACUGUACUACCAUAGUGAGAAGCUGGCUCUGAUGUUUGUAUUGAUGCAUUCUGAUGACCCUCACUGCAAAUCGGGUGUCAUUAGGAUAAUGAAGAAUAUCCGUAUUUGUUUAGAUUGCCACAACUUUAUGAAAUUAGCUUCACGGCUUGUUCAGAAACAGAUUGUUGUUAGAGAUUCAAACCGUUUCCAUCAUUUUACAAGUGGGGCGUGUUCGUGCAAUGAAUAUUGGUAAAUUGCUCCGGCGCUGCUUCCCCUAUCCGAUACCAUUAUGGUAUUAUUAGUAAAUGACCACAAUAUUGGAAUGGUUCUACAGCAACAGAAUAUGACUAUCAUAAUUGUGCAACAAUACAACACUGAUGUUUAGACCUGCUCUUUAUACAAAAACCGGGUAGAACACCCACCAUCUUGCCUUCCAGAGGACAGCAGCUAACAAGGGAUAAAGCUUCUCUUGGCUGUCCUCAGCUGCAUUGUUUCCAGGGGAGAAUCUAAAGGGGCAGGAGGUCAAUCACCCACUUCAACCCCACUUCACCCCAAUUCUGUCAAUACAUGCAUGGCUAUAUAAAGGAAUGGGACGAAUGCACAAAUGUCUUUAACCAUCACCAUCAUAUUGUUUUCGUUUCUAAUUAAUAAAUCAAUCAUUUUAGUUUUUAUUCUAUUUAUUCUGUAUCAAUCAAGUUCUUCUGUCAUUUUUAACAGUGAAAUUAACUGUUCAAGAUAUUGCAUCUAAAAGUCACGUUUGUAUAACAACAAUAUAUUUAACGCAUUGACCGCUUGAAAAAUAUCCACCUCAAGAAAAACAUUAAAGAUUUUUUAUGGUGGAAAAAAGUCAGGCCUAUAAUGCCAUCAUCAAACCACAUUUAUAUUUAGGGAAAAUUGCCCUAAAUAGGAGUAAACAACUUUGAAAAUUCCAAAAUAGGAUCACUAUGUUUUUCUUCCUGAAAUAGGAGUCGUUACUAUCAUGAUUGAAAAAUAUUGCCUUGAUUGAAAAAUACUGCCAUUAAUUAUAAUAAAUACUGCCAUGUAGAAUGCAUAGUACUGCAACUUUUUGACAGUCAUGACUAAAAGAUGGCAGUAAAUACUGACAUCUUACUAUCUUAGUCCUAUUACAGCUUACAGGAAGAAAAUUUGUUCGUGCAAUGUGUUCGAUCAAAAUAUUUGAGAAAAUUUGUUCUGUACUAGUCUGGCCCCUCCGUGUCAUAAUAUGUGUUUCAGUAGGCUUUCCAGGUAAUUUAAGAUAACUUAUAAGUUUAUGUACUGUACAUUAUAGCAGUAAUGUACUACUUGUAUACUUUACUAAAGUGUACUGUAGCUGCUUUUGGGUUGUUGUUUUUUUCUUUCCAAAAAUGAAAAUGUGACUGAUAUUCUGAUACUGCCUCAAAAGGAAUAUGUGGCAUAUAUUAUGAUACAGAGGCAGUACUUAAUAGAAACAGGCAGUACUUAAUAGAAACAUAGAUGUUGGAUAUUAUGUUUUGUUUUGUUGAUGACUAAGGAUGUUUUCUUUUGGACUGAAAUUUGCGGUCUGGUCUGAUCUGGUCUGGUCUGUUUAAGUCUAGUCUGGUCUGAAUUGGUCUGGUCUGGUCUGGUCUGGUAAACGUCUGGUCUCUGUGUAUUUUAUAACUGUCCAAGUCUGGUCUGGUCUGUUUAAGUCUGGUCUGGUCUGAUCUGAUCUGUUUAAGUCUGGUCUGGGACUGAAAACAGUCCAAAAGAAAACAUCCUAAUUCUAGGUGCCAAACUGUAAAGUUACAUGAUUCUAUAACUGUUCUUUUAUUAGUAUUGAACUAUGGGUGGAACAGGUUCUAGAUGCCAAUCGCACAAUUGAUUGACCAUAUAUUAGUGAUCAUAUGCUUUCCAUAUUUGUUAGCAAACAAAUAAGUGUUUGAGUAACCAUAUAAUCUAUCUUUAAUGUGGUCCUCAUAUGCCAAGGCUAUAAUGUGAAAGGAUCGAUUGCAAUCAUGGAGAGGAUUCCAAUAUCUGUGCAUGGAAGGAAAGGCUUUUAAAGUGAUGAAAUCACCUUCAAGAAGGUAAGUCUCAAAAGUGGAGAACACGGGUAUACAAGGAAGCAGUGGCGGAACCAGGGGGUGCAAGCCGGUGCCCCCCCCCCCUCGCCGGAAAACAUAAGGUAUAUAUAUAGGUCUGUUAUACGGCGCCCCGGGCUUAUCUUCUUCCUUGCUGCUGUGCUUCCCCGAGGAUGGAGCGCACUCAACCGUCAGCAGAUUAUAUAUAUUUAAUUUGGGUUAGCUAGGUUGCAAGGACACCAUUGUGUCUAGUCAAUAAUGGGGGGAAACUAAUAGAUAAUAAUGUAGGGAUACUCUUGUAAUUUCUUAUUCUUGGAUUAUUAUAUAUACAUGCAUACGGCUACCUCAUGGGUAAGCCAUUCCCUCAUAAUCUUCAUAUGGUAUCAGUCGCCAAGGCUUCACGUUCCUAACCCUAAAAACACAUCUUCCGCUACCAUGUCAUCGGCCGUCUUCUCCACCUCGGCCGAACCUACUGCUUCUUCUGGUGGUGAUCAUCUUCUUACUUCUGCGAUCUCCUCCCACCCACAGGCGCCCAGAUCGUCUGAGACGGAGCAGCCCAUCAUGAGUCGCCCCAUGUCGUCCGUCAUGCAGGAGCAGACCGUGAUUCCCAGUUCGGUGAUUUACAGUUCCAACAGCCCACAUGUCUCUUCUUAUUCAUUGUUCCAGAUGCCAGAACCCUUCACUUGGCAACCUACACUUACUGUCUCGUCUCCUUCGUCCGCACCUGGCAAUUUUCAUCAGCCCUUGAGCUCCGGUAUUUUGGGUCAGUUUGAGGCCGGUUCUUCAUCUAUGUCUCUGCCUCAUUCUUCAGGCACUGGUAAUUUUCCUUCCUAUCUCUCUACUAUGGCAUCACAAUUGACAUUCUCCACUCCGAAUGUCACCAAUAUUGUCACUACUCGAUUGGCAUCGGUUGAAGAUUAUUUACCGUGGAAAACCCAAUUUGAAUCCUUUUUAGUCUCACAUAGUUUGUUGGGCGUGUUGGAUGGUUCAAUUCCUAUUCCCUCUCCGUUUAUUUUGGGUGCUUCUCGGAGGGAGGUUGUUAAUCAUGAUUAUCAACAUUGGUUAAAAAUUGACCAAACGGUCCGUUCAUGGCUUUUUGCUACUUUUUCCCGCGAUAUCUUGAUUGAUGUGCAUGGUCUCAAAUUUUCUUUUCAAAUUUGGGAACGUCUUCGGAACAAAUUUAUGUCCGCAAGCACAGCCCGUUCUAUGGAAAUCAAGCGUCACCUAUCCCAUAUUAAGAAGAAAGCUACUCAAACUAUGGACCAAUACCUUAGGGAAAUUAAAGUGGCUGCGGAUAAUCUUGCACUAAUCAAUUCCCCGGUUAGUGAUAAAGACCUCAUUGAAUAUGCCCUACUCGGUCUUGGUCCGGAGUUUGAAUCCAUACUUGGCGGGUUGUCCUAUAUGCCUCCUACAUUCACUUUUGAUCAACUGGAGCCUAUUCUGGUUCAACAAGAACACAGGCUGCAAUAUAUGCGUGGCACAGGGGACUCUUUCACGCAGCAUCAAGCUUUUGUUGCACAUGGCCAGCAGCAGCAUUCCUCAGGACAACAACCACACUCCCGCGGCCAGCAGCAGUCCUCAGGACGUGGAGGACAUUCUGCCUCGCCGCGUGGUGGACGCGGGGGUCGAGGUCAGCGCGCACAAAGAGGUCACCGGGGGCGUGGCAGAGGGUAUGGCUACCCCGGUUAUCCUGCUCAGCCACCUUUCCAGUUUGCAGCACCCCGCGGGUUUGACUUCCACUUUGGCGGGCCGCAUGCACAAUACACUCCGGGAGUUCCAAGUGCAGGUAUGGGUAAUAUCUCUCUAGUACAUUCUCGUCUGUCUCCAUAUUAUAUUCGCGGUACUCAUACUAACAGUGCAGGUUUUCCAUCAGUUGAUCAUAAUUCUGUCUCUCCCCAGCCCCCCAUUAUCUGUCAAUUAUGCUAUACUCUGGGCCACUCCGCCAUUACUUGUUCCAAGUUUACUUCGGGGUCUACUCCAGCCCUUGCUGCUUUACCAACCGGUGAGACCAAUGAAGCAACAUGGUAUCCCGAUUCUGGUGCCUCCGCUCAUAUGACACCAAACGAAGGUAUUUUGCUUUCUAAAUCCAGUCUUACAAGCCCCACAAAUGUGCAGGUAGCUAAUGGUGCUAAUUUAUCUGUGUCUACAAUUGGUAAUGUGCAUUUACCUUCGUUAGGUCGCCCACUGAUUUUAAAAUCCGUGUAUCAUGUUCCUCAAUUAAAAUUUAAUUUGCUAUCUAUACAGAAAUUGUGUGAGGAUAAUGAUUGCACUGCAAUUUUUAACAAAUCUUUUUUUUCUGUAAAGGACAAUCAAACGGGGGCCACUCUACUCCACGCUUCCAAUAAAGACCGCACCUAUCCCUUCUCAGUUUUCACUACACCCUUAGCCCUUUUUACCUCAUCUGCACCAGGCCCGAUAUGGCACAAGCGCUUAGGUCAUUGUGGUGAUAGCAUAUUGUCUACUCUUCGGCGCACAAGCUCUAUUUUUUCUUCUAGUCAUUUUCAUCAUUUAUGUACUUCGUGUAGACUGGGUAAAUCCCAUCGAUUACCAUUUCAGGAUGUUUUACAUACUACUACUGCUCCCUUACAAUUAAUUCAUUCUGAUGUUUGGCAGUCACCUGUUUUAUCGCAUCUUGGUUAUAAAUAUUAUGUCUGUUUUAUUGAUGAUUUUUCGCGAUUUACUUGGGUUUAUCCCAUGCAUAGGAAGUCUGAGGUUUUUACCCAUUUUUGCAAUUUUCAGAAAUUAGCAGAAAAUCUUUUGGGUUGCAAAAUUCAGUGUUUUCAAAGUGAUGGUGGGGGUGAAUUUAAUAAUCAUCAAUUUAUUAAUCAUUUUUUAAAUUGUGGCAUUCUAUUUCAGAAGUCCUGUCCCGAUACCCCUGCCCAAAAUGGCGUGGCUGAACGGAAACAUCGCCACCUUUUAGAAUUAAUACGUACUAUGCUUAUUGAUGCACAUCUUCCUUCCUCUUUUUGGGUUGAUGCACUUUACACUGCUACGUAUAUAAUUAAUCGUCUACCCACGCCACUUUUACGAGGUCUCAGUCCUUAUCAGAAAAUUUUUCAAAAAUCCCCUGACUAUUCUUUCUUGCGUGUCUUUGGUUGUGCCUGUUUUCCUAAUAAAGUUGCCACCUCGGGUAAUAAGCUAUCACCGCGGUCUACUCCUUGUGUUUUUAUUGGCUAUGCUCCGGGCUAUAAGGGCUACCGUUGCCUUGAUCCUACCACCGGUCGGGUUUAUGUUAGUCGUGAUGUCGUUUUUCAUGAGACUAGCUUUCCCUAUCCGACUCUUUCCUCCUGUACACCCACAUCCUCUCCAGAUACCUCUCAGUCGAGUCUUUCCUCCCCCCUUUCCUCCUAUCCCACCAAUGUACAAUCUCCAUUUCCUUCUACUACCUUACCUGUGUUACCUUCCCAGUAUACAACCACAUCACAUGCACCAGGUUAUCCAAUUACUUCGUCCAGCCCUGUCACUUCCUCGGCUCAGCCCACUGUCUCGGUUUCCCCAGCCCAUAUCCCUGAUGCUAACCCGUCCAGUCCACCUGCUUGUUUACCUACCAGCCCAUCACCAACACCGCCAUCCAGUCCACCACAUACACCGACUCCUAGUCCACCCAUUACCCCUCCGGUCAGUAUCCAUCCGACUCCUCCCCUUGUCCAAAAUGUCCAUCCAAUGCGAACUCGGGCCAAGGAUGGUAUAUAUAAGCCCCGAACUAUUUUAUCCCUUACCUCUGUGGAGUGUCCCCCCGAUCCCACUUGUUUUUCUCAAGCAAAUAAAAGUUUAAAAUGGCGGGCGGCUAUGGCUGAAGAAUUUAAUGCUCUUAUUACUAAUAAGACUUGGGAUUUAGUACCUCAUGACAGCACAAAAAAUGUGGUUGGAUGUAAAUGGGUUUAUAAGACAAAAUAUAAUUCUGAUGGGUCUAUAGAACGUCACAAAGCUCGUUUGGUCGCUCAGGGAUUUAAUCAGCAGGCUGGGGUAGAUUUUUCUGAAACCUUUAGUCCGGUUGUAAAACCCACUACUGUGCGUCUUUUACUUUCUCUCGCUACUUCUUUUGGCUGGGGGGUUCGUCAAUUAGAUGUCAAAAAUGCCUUCUUACAUGGCUACUUAACUGAGGAGGUUUACAUGCGUCAGCCACCAGGUUUUAUUCAUCCUUCCUUUCCUCAUCACAUUUGUCGUCUUCAUAAGGCCUUGUAUGGCCUCAAGCAAGCUCCACGUGCUUGGUUUCAUAGGUUUAGUGGCUUUCUUCUUAGCCAUGGGUUUCUACAGAGUCGGUCUGAUUCUUCCAUGUUUAUUUAUUGCCAGGGUUCUCAUCGCGUAUAUAUCCUACUGUAUGUCGAUGAUAUUCUUAUUACAGGCAAUUCUUCUUCCUUAGUUCAAUCCAUUAUUCGGUUACUCUCUCAGACUUUCGCCAUGAAAGAUCUGGGUGAUCUUCAUUUUUUCUUGGGGAUUCAGACUGUCCGUACACCUACAGGUAUUUUUCUCUCUCAACAAAAGUAUAUUUCUGAUCUCUUGCGCCGUUUUCAUCUACAUACAGUCACCCCAGUUCGCACGCCUCUUCCUACCCGUACCACUUUGUCUCUAACUGAUGGAGAAUUACUCGCUGAUGGUACAGAAUACCGCAGUAUGGUUGGUGCCUUACAGUACUUGAUUAUUACUAGACCAGAUAUUACCUAUGCUGUUCACUUAGUCUCUCAGUUUAUGCAUGCCCCUCGCACUACUCACCUUUUAGCUGUGAAGCGUAUUUAUAGAUAUUUGCAGGGUACUCUCACGGAGGGCUUAUGGUUGCGCAAGGGUGGUGAUCCCUCUCUUGUUAUUGCUUACUCUGAUGCAGAUUGGGCCGGCUGUCCAGAUAGCUGUCGAUCUACCACUGGCUAUGCUAUUUUCUUGGGUGAUAAUUUAAUAUCUUGGAGGUCCAAAAAGCAACCAACAGUUUCGAAGUCUUCCACUGAGGCUGAAUAUAGAGCUGUGGCAUAUACGGUUCAGGAUACAUUAUUUAUUCGCUCCUUGCUCGCAGACAUGGGUUUCUUCAUCUCUCAACCUGUUCGGCUUUACUGUGACAAUGUUUCCGCAUCCUACCUUACGGUCAAUCCCAUUCAGCAUGAUCGGAGCAAACAUAUCAAAAUUGACUAUCAUUUUGUGCGCGAACGUGUGGCUCAUGGAGAUUUAGUGGUUAAAUAUAUUCCUACUCAGUUUCAGUUAGCCGAUAUUUUUACUAAAAACUUGUCUAGUCAACGUUUUAAUUUUCUUAAGUCCAAUCUGCGCGUUGUUCCCUCUGCACAGAUUGAGGGGGUGUAAUAGAUAAUAAUGUAGGGAUACUCUUGUAAUUUCUUAUUCUUGGAUUAUUAUAUAUACAUGCAUACGGCUACCUCAUGGGUAAGCCAUUCCCUCAUAAUCUUCAUAGAAACGUUGCUGCAGAAUCAGCAAAUCAGCAAGGUCCAAGUGUCCAUUUCCGUCCAGCAAGGCAGCGAGUGAACAACUUGUUUCUAAGAGAGAAAAAGUAACAGCACCGUUUCGAUGCAGAAGGCUUUGGAUGAACUAUGAUACUGAUAUAGGGUUGCUGAAGCAGAGAAGAAGGCUAUAGCUACAGCGGUCAGCUGUGAUCUGAAACUGAAGCUCCUCAAGCCUCAAUUUCACAACUUUCAAAAAUCAAGUGAUUUGAGGUAAUUAAAAAAUUGCAAUUUCUUUUUGUGAAAGAUGAAAUAGCAAGUAUAACCACCUACUUUUGUGAAUAUGGUUCUUUGAUUCCGUGAUUUGUGAUAUUUGAAUUAUAAGAAAUUAACAAUCAAUUUUUGGAUUCUGAG